CAUGGUGCUCCUGGCCCAGGGCGCCCGAGUCAAGAAGUGUUGGGGCACAUUUGGCAGGUGCAGAGAGAACUGUAAAGAGAAUGAAGUAUUCUAUCUAUUGUGCAAAGAAGAGGUUUUAGGGUGGAAGGCAGCACCGCCUCUUUCUAGGACCCCUUCUCCAGACAGAAAAGUGGAUGAAGAAGGUGGACAAGCGCCAACCCAAACCCACAGACCAAGCCCAACACGCCCGGUGCCCACACAGUGCAGAGGAAAAACCUAGGAGGAGGAGGAAAUGAGAAUGACAGGGACGAAACACCGGUCACCAAGCCCAGCAGAGGGAAUGUCAGAGAAGGCUCUCUCUUCCCUGGUGUUGGACCUCCCAUCCUGAUUGGGCAGCCCCUGAACUAGCCAUCAUUGUCCAGAAUAAAGAGAACAUGUCCAACAGGAACUGGAAUAGCCCUUGGGUCAUCAAAUGAAGCUGCCUAUUGAAGAUGGACCAUGAAGUCAAAAGGAGCCUAGCUCCCUGCUGGAUUGUGAAGCUGCUACAAUUAAGUACACACACAGACUUUUACAUGAAAGAGAAAUCACUGGAUGUAUUUUGGCACCAUUGUUUGGGAGCAAUAUCUGUUAAGACAGCUGAAUUAAUACCUCACUACACCAGGUGAUGUUGUGGAUACUAGGAUUAUAAGCUGUAUCAGUCCAUUUUGUUAUAACAAAACACCCAAGGCUGUGUAUUUUGUAAAGAAAAGAGGUUAAUUUAUCUUGUAUUUUGGAGGUGGAAAUUCCAAGAUCAGGCAGCUCCAUAUGUUCCACCCUUGGUCUCAUGAUAGAUGGUAUUCUGAUGGUAGAGUACACGAGGAAGAGAUCACACGGCAAUGGGAGAGGCCAGAGAGAUUUAGGGGUCAAGCUCACUUUUUUUUAUAACAAUCCACUCUCUGGGAACUAACGAGGGUCCCUUGAGAUCUCUUCUAAGGGUGAUGGUACCCCAUGACCUAACUACCUUGCACCAGGCUCUACCUCUUAAAUAUUCUACCACUUCUCAGCCCAGCCGUACUGGGCAUCAAGCUUCCAGCAUGUGAAGAUUUCAGGGAACACACUCAGAUCACAUCCCCCUCACUCAAGCCAGGUUUCGGAUUCUAAUGAGAGAAACAAAGGUUAACCAUGUAAAGCAAAUAAAACCACCCAGGCAAAUCCAGGCAGGUCACAAACAAGCUAUUGUGAACCAGAACAACGAAGGGUGUGAGUACCGUCUUCUAGGGUGACCAGUGAAAGCCUCUCCAAAGGGGUGACAUUGAGAUGAGAUCAAAUGACAAGCAGGAGCCAUCCGUGGGAAGAUCAGAGGAAGAACUUUAUAUGGACCACAAGUGACAAACCCCGUUCCCCUGAACUGGAAAUGAGAUUGGCAAGUUCAAGGUCCAGGAAGACAUGGACACCUAUGUCCUUCUGUUAGAGAGCUGGAUUCCCUCCUGUUCUGAUUCACUGCCCGUGGCCCUGGUGAUAAAAAGAAUCUCAUCUCUGCUGCGGAGAGCUCCGUCUGUGUCCCCUGCAGCUCAGCCACCACCUUCUCCCGGGGCCUGACAGCCAUGAAGCUGCUUCUCCUGUUCCUGGCCAUCUUUCUGGCUGUGGAACCCCUGAUGUCAGCAGAGUGUUGGAGUCACGGACACUGCCUCUUGGUGUGCAACGAUGACGAGGAUCAUGUCUUACGCUGUGCAAAUCGCAAACGGUGCUGUGUCCCUAGUCGCUAUGUGACAAUGAAACCAAUAACGAUCGAUUACGUCCUUGACUGGACCACGCCAACCGUGCCCACAACCGUCCCCACGACCGUCCGUAAAAGGAAGAAAAACAAAAAAACACGGCCAGGGGUGAUUUUGCUUCAGACUUCUUAGUUUCCGCGCUUCAUUAAAACUCACACAUGG